CAUAAAGUAUAGCAUAGUAUAAUUAAUAUAAAAUCGGCAUUUGCCAAUGUCAAGAAGGGGCGGGUCGUUCAAAAGGGACUUUCCAGUUGUGUACUUUCGGUUUUAUCAACUCGAACGUGGGGUCCUCAAGUCUAGUCGCUGGGGGCUGCUGUAUAACUUAAUUAAUACGAAGAUUGCCCUUUAUAUGAUAUGCGUGUGUAACAUAGAACAUAGGCUAGAUCUAUUCUUAAUAGAUAUAGGCUAUCGUUUCCUUGACAUUCAGAAGAAAUUGCAAAUUGCAAUUACUUACAUGCAAACAGCCUGUUCAGGAUGCCGAAAAUGAACUUCUCUCCGCUGCUCUUCCUGUGCAUGGAUGUGUGUGUGGUGCAGACAGUCCGCUUGGCCCAACUCUCCCCUCUCCUCCUCCCCCAUCCCCUCAUCACCUUGUGGGGUGGAAGCCUGCUCCGUGCCGGCCUCCACCUCUUUCUCACCUUCACAUUCCCUGGAAGUCCCCCAUGGAUGAGCAGCUUUGAGGGGCUCCAGAGCAUGGGGGUCCUCUGCUUCCAUUGCCCACUCUACAUCAGCCUUCUCUGGGCAUGUGGCCAGUCCAUCCUGGGGCAACUAUGGGGAUGGCACUCCUGGCAGGGGCUACUUCAGGGCUACUGCGUAACAGUCGUAGCAUGUUUGUACUGGACACGCUACGUCCCUUCUCUUCUUACCAAGCCCACCAAGGAACCACAGAAGAAGACUGGGGCCUCUCUAGAGAAACUGUUGGGAUACAUGAAGCCUUAUUUCAUACGCUUUGGAGCCGUGCUGAGUCUUGUUGUCAUCUCCUCCCUUGGUGAGAUGGCUAUUCCCCACUACACCGGCCGAAUGACAGACUGGAUUAUGAAUGAAGACGAGCCUGAAGCCUUCACUCACGCCAUCACGGUCAUGUCUCUGAUUACAGUCAUGAGUGCUGUGUGUGAGUUUGUGUGUGACCUCAUCUACAACAUCACCAUGAGUCGCAUACACACCUCCAUCCAGGGCCUAGUCUUCCAGUCGGUGCUGAAGCAGGAGAUUGCUUUCUUUGACACAGCACAGACAGGUGACCUUGUGUCACGCAUCACCACAGACACCAACGACAUGAGUGAGUCUCUGAGUGAGAAGUUGAGUCUGCUGAUGUGGUACUUCAUGCGGGUCACUUUCCUCUUCAUCUUCAUGCUCAAUCUCUCCUGGAAGCUGUCCCUCUUCACCGCGAUGGGGCUUCCUAUCAUCUGGGUCAUACCAAAGAUAUCCGGCAAGUGGUACCAGGAGCUCGGUGCGAAGGUUCAAAAGUCACUAGCCCAGGCCAAUGACGUUGCCACGGAGACCUUCUCCUCUAUGAAGACAGUACGCAGCUUUGCCAACGAGGAGGGCGAGACGGAGCGCUACAGGAAGAGGCUGGAGAAGACCUACUCUCUGAAUAAAGAGGAAGCAGCAGCCUACGCAGCCUCAACCUGGACCAAUAGUAUGUCAAGCCUGUUCCUGAAGGUCAGUAUCCUGUACUAUGGCGGUAGUCUGGUGACAGGGGGGACCGUCAGCAGUGGGGAUCUGGUGGCCUUUGUGCUCUACGAGCUCCAAUUCUCCUCUGCUGUGGAGGCCGUGAUGUCGUAUUACCCAAGUGUGAUGAGGGCAAUCGGUGGCUCUGAGAAGAUAUUUGAGUAUGUGGACCGACAGCCCCAAGUUCCUCCAGAAGGCACCCUUGCCCCACAGAAUCUUGAGGGACAUGUUGAGUUCAAGAAUGUCACAUUUACCUACCCUACCAGGGAAGAUACACCGGUGCUCAAGGGCCUGUCUCUGGAGCUGAGGCCUGGGCAGAUCACUGCCUUGGUGGGGGCUUCUGGAGCAGGGAAAACCACCUGUGUGAGCCUGCUGGAGAGGUUCUACCUGCCCCAGGAAGGAGAGAUCCUAUUGGAUGGACAGCCACUGCACAGCUACAAGAACCAGUACCUACACGACAAGAUCAGUGUGGUGAGUCAGGAGCCGGUGUUGUUUGCUCGUUCUGUCAAGGAGAACAUCAAAUAUGGCAGAGAUGAUGCCACUAAUGAGGAGAUGUACCGGGCUGCUGAGCUGGCCAACGCCCACAAGUUCAUCUCUGACCUGCCCAAUGGCUAUGAUACAGAUGCCGGGGAGAAGGGAGGCCAGGUUUCAGGAGGGCAGAAGCAACGCAUAGCCAUCGCCAGAGCUUUGAUCAGAAAGCCUCGGGUUCUAGUGCUGGACGAUGCCACCAGUAACUUGGACACAGAGAGCGAGCAUUUGGUCCACCAAGCUCUGCUCAAGGACUCAAACCCCUGCUCAGUGCUGCUGAUUGCUCAUAAGCUGAGCACUGUGGAGAAGGCCAAUCACAUUGUCGUUCUUGAGGAGGGAAAGGUGCUAGAGGAGGGGAGCCAUGUUGAGCUGCUGGAGAAAGGUGGAACCUAUGCUGACCUGGUGAACAAGCAGAACACUGGCUUCCAGCGCAAAGAAGGGGAGGAGCUGAAAAACUAAAACAGAGGCUCCAAUCCCAUGACACUUCUCAAUUUACACUGAAGUCCCACUCUGCCACCAUCUCACAUUUUCAACAUUAUUACCUACUAUUUCUACUGUAUCACAUAUGCUUUGCAAAUACUCUGAGAUCAUAGCAUCAAACUUUAGUUUAAUUAUCUCCCCUAAGUGAUUUUGAGGUACUCAAAGAAAAAACAAAUUACAAGAACAGUCCUGUAAUAUAAAAGGUUUCAUGCAAAGAGCACAUUUCUAUGUUCAGCUUUCUAUUUGCACUAUACUGCAACUUAAGUAUUCUUAAUGCCCCAAAUGCAUUUUGUAUUUAUUUUUGUUGAAUUGUUCUCCCACAUUUGUGUUAUAACUAUGUAAAUAGGGAUCCCAAAUAAUGUUUUGUUUUCUGUGUACAUUGUCUCUAAGGCAGUACAAUACAUUAGCCGUUUUCUGUUCUGUGUUAAUGACAAUAAACAUUCUGCUCUCUGAAA